GCAAAACAAAGACCUCCCUUCAUGAAUAGUAAACAUGACGUUGCAGCUAGGAGGUAAAGGUGAAACCUACUCAACCCUGCUCGUCUGUGGACGAACCAAGUCGUCGACAACGGUCUUCGGGAAGGGUUUUUUAGUCAAGCCGCCCACUAACUGGAUUUUCCGGAGCGCCAAUACACUGACUUAUACCUCUGUGCGUCUACACACGGUUCGCUAGUAUAUUAUUACAAGCAUUGACCCAAUGGACGAUACUAAUAUGCGCGGAGUUGCUGAAGACAUGACUUUGGAUGAAGCAGAGAAAAUUAAAGAAAAAGAGGAAUCUACGAAAGAAGAUUCUGAGAAAACAGAUGGUGACAAAUUGAAAAAAAAGUAUUCAAAGUUGAAGAAAAAAUAUGACCAAUCAAAAAAAGAAUUUGAUACGCUAAAAGAAAAACACAGCAUGGUACAGUCUGAACUCGAGGCACAGUCAGGAAAAAUCACUGAUCUGAACGUCACCAUACAGAGACUGAAAGAGCAAAUUGACGGAGGUGCAUCAAAGUCAAGCAGUGGAACAGAUUUGCGAGAGAAGGCGAAGCAAACAGACGGACUACAAAUACAAGCAGAGUUUCUGACUCGACAGGUAGUUGACACACGGGAGAAUGAAAGGUAUCUACGGGAGCAGGUUUCUGAGGCGAUGGAGGCUCGAGAAGAAAGCGAAAGGAAGAUGAAGGAUUUACAAGUUAGACUGAAACGAUUUAUCAAGGAUGAUCAGACAAAAGAUGAGAGAAUACUCAGGAUGGAACUGGAGUUGAAAGAAAUCACUCAACAAGUUGAUGAACUUGAGAAAUAUGUUGACCAGGAACAACUGAAAAGGAUACGGUCAGGCAGCCCAGUGUCCAAUGGAGGACAAAAGUCAACUACAUCUGAGAAGUCAAAAGAAUUGAGUGAGAAACCAUCUAGUUCUCAGCAAUCCAAAUCCUGCGAGAUUCUGUAA